AUGAAUAUCCUACAUUCUACAUUAUCAACCUGGCGGGAUCGUCUGGCUCCAGUCUCCCGAACCUCAACGUUUCGUUCCACCGGCCAAAUUACUCCAGAGGAGUUCGUUCUAGCAGGCGAUUACCUUGUCUACAAGUUCCCCACAUGGGCUUGGGGUGACGCCUCCAGCCCGGCCAAACGUGUCUCCUACCUCCCUGCCGGAAAACAGUUUCUUGUCACACGAGGAGUGCCAUGUCACCGUCGGCUGAACGAUAAUUUCGCGGGCGACGCUGGCCACGAAGAUGAGAUUGUAAGAGAUAUGCUCUCUGGUGAGGGUGCGGAGGGUCCAUCCGGGGAGGACGGCGAUGACGGGUGGCUGCGCACUGGCGGAGGUCCUGACCGUGAUCAACAAGAAGCUCGCAUUCGGGACGUACGGACAGUGGACGAGUCUGGGAACUUGGGUGAACAAGAGGACGAGGAAGAGAUCCCAGACAUGGAAGACGACGACGACGAUGAGGAGGCCAUUAUUCGCGAGCCAGCUGGACAGUCAAGCACAACGCAAUCCUUGCGCACCUAUACCUUAUACAUCACCUACUCCAACUUCUACCGCACACCACGCCUCUAUUUAUCCGGGUAUCUAUCGCCAUCAGAACCACUUCCACCUCACUUGAUGAUGGAGGACAUCGUCGGCGACUACAAGGAUAAAACAGUGACUCUGGAGGACUUUCCUUGGUUCGAGGGCAGCGUGAAGAUGGCGACCGUACAUCCAUGCCGCCAUGCCUCGGUGAUGAAGACAUUACUCGACCGCGCGGACGCAGCGCUCAAACUCCGACGCGACAAGCUAAAGCAAACCCAGUCCCGCGAAGAGGCGCAACGCAUCCUCCAAGCAAGUGGAAAUGGCCUAGAAGGUUUAGUUGAUGAUACGAAGGCAAUGUCCCUCGGCGAGAACCAGCAACAGGCCGGCGGUGAUGAAUGGGAGGUUCUUCAGCAUGACGAAGAAGAACAAGUUGCCAUUCGAGUGGAUCAGUAUUUGGUUGUGUUCCUCAAGUUCAUUGCAAGCGUUACACCGGGCAUUGAGCAUGACUUCACGAUGGGGGUAUAA